AUGGAACAUGACUCCUGCAAAUUUGGCCAAAAAUUCUGUCAAUGCCAGAUACAUAGACACUUAAUCAGGGUUCCUCCAACAGAACUACAUGCAAUGAGCUCACCUUGGCCAUUCGUGGAAUGGGGAAUGGACGUUAUCGGACCCAUCGAGCCACCGGCAUCUAAUGGACAUCACUUUAUCUUAGUCUCCAUCGACUACUUCACCAAAUGGGUGGAAGCAACUCCUCAUAUGUCAGUAACCAAAAAAGUCAUGGCUGACUUCGUUAAGAACAAUCUCAUAUGUCGCUUCGGUGUGCCUGAGUCCAUCAUUACGGACAAUAGAGCCAAUUUGAACAGCUAUCUGAUGAAAGACAUUUGUGAACAAUUCAAGAUAACUCGCAGGAACUCUUCCACCUAUCGUCCACAGAUGAAUGGUGCCGUAGAGGCUGCCAAUAAGAACAUUAAGAGAAUCUUGAGAAAGAUGAUCGACAAUGUUACAUUUUGGAAAUUUUGA